GAAGAUACCUAAAGAGGAGAAAUAGGAUGCAAGAAAAUUAGAGGGCAUAGUCUAUAGCUAUCAAAAUGGGUUCAUCUUUCCAAGAUGCUUAACCUAGAAGGUCAAACCCUAGCUUGAAGACUGAAGAAAGCUAACAGAAAUUUGAAAGACAAAAGGUCAAGAGAGAUACAUAUACAAGGAAUUCUGACACUAUCAACAUCAGCCUCAUUCUCACAGAAUGAAUUCAGACAUUAUCUUCAGCUUAUAGGACAACUGUGUUAAUGCCCUUUUGGAUAUCACCUGAUCAGCAAGCAGAAGAAUAAAGAUGACAGCAUCCAGUCACUGCAGAGGAAAAGAAACAUGAAUUCUUUGUUGACUUUGGGCUUGGUUGCCACCAGUUUUGUUCUCAUUUCUGCUCGACGUUUUGACAGUGCCAAAGUAUUUCGUGUGAAGCCUCAGAAUGAAAACCAAGUGAGCUUCUUGAAGAACUUAGCAAACAUUGCACAGAUUGACUUUUGGUAUCCAGACUCAGCGUUACAUAUUGUCAACCAAAUGGAAGUUGACUUUCAUGUCAGUGGUGACCAGACCAAAAAUGUGGAAAGUCUCAUGGAGCAGAAUGGCAUGCAUUAUGAAAUUUUAUUUCAAAACCUGCAAGAAGACAUUGAAAAUCAGCUGGUUGACAAGAGUUCUACUGGAAAACACAGUUAUACAAAAUACAACGACUGGAGAAAGAUUUCUGCAUGGACUGCCAGAAUUGAGAAAAGGAACCCAGCGCUGGUUUCCCGCAUUCAUAUUGGAAAUACCUUUGAAAAUCGUCCCAUGUACCUCCUUAAGGUUGGGAAACAAAGUGAUGCCAAAAAAGCCAUCUUCAUUGAUUGUGGAAUUCAUGCACGAGAAUGGAUAUCACCUGCUUUUUGCCAGUGGUUUCUGAAAAAGGCCACCAGGACCUAUGGAAAGGACACAAAUAUGACAUAUAUACUGGACAAUAUGAAUUUUUAUAUCCUCCCUCUGGUCAAUAUUGAUGGCUAUAUUUGGAGCUGGACUCAGGAUCGCUUUUGGAGAAAGAGUCGUUCCAAUACAUCGGAUAGUGCCUGUGCUGGUGUUGAUCUCAACAGGAACUUUGAUGUUGCAUGGGGAACUGUCGAUGCCUCCAAAAAUCCGUGUCAAGAAAUCUACUGUGGAACUUCACCAGAGUCUGAACCAGAAACAAAAGCUGUCACAACAUUCAUCAGGAACCACCUCUCUUCAAUCAAGGCCUAUCUGACCAUUCAUUCCUACUCUCAGAUGCUGUUGUUCCCUUAUGGCUAUACCUAUGAGAAGACACCUAACCAUGAUGAACUGAAUGAACUUGCAAAAGGAGCUGCUCAAGCUAUAGCCAGCCUAUAUGGGAAACAUUAUAAUUAUGGGCCAUCAGCAGCUACAAUCUAUCCUUCCUCUGGUUGUUCUGAUGACUGGGCUUACAAGCUGGGGAUCAAAUACUCCUUCACCUUUGAGCUUCGCGAUAAGGGCAGAUACGGGUUUCUCCUUCCCGAAUCUCAGAUCAAGCCAACUUGCGAAGAGAUUACAUUGGCAGUCAAGUUCAUUGCUAGUUAUAUACUCAGCCACACCUCAUAAUAUGAAAUAAUACUUUCUAACAAAUUGUGGAGAUUUGAAAUGAAAUAAAUAAGUGCAUACA